AUGACCGCAACUUCCUCGAACGGCGCUGCCACGCCCAACGAUGGCACCUUUGCCGCUGGCGACCUCCCCGACUUUGACUCGAUUCCUGCUGUCCCAGGCAUGCCCCACGGGUGCGCUUGGAAAGUCUGGGGCAGCGGCGACGCUUUGGGUACACUCAACCUUCUCACUCCCACCGUCGUUGCUUCUGCCGCGUCAGAAAUCCGUACUGGCGAGCGUGUCGCCCUCGACUGGGGCCUCGAUAGCGUCGACAUCCCCGCUAAUCAGCGCGCGCACUUCGAGCAUCGUAUCAUCGACCUCAAACCCCGCUUGGGCGUCUACGCCACCGACGACGAGGUCCACUUGAACACCCAAACCAGCUCUCAGUGGGAUGGGUUCAACCAUUUCGCCCACCAGUCGACCGGGUUGUACUAUGGAGGGGUCAGCCACGAGGAUUUGCACUCGGGAAAGGUGCCGAAGGGCGAGAGGAACAGUAUGCAUGCGUGGAGUUUGACCGGUGGCAUUGCGGGGAGAGGCGUGCUCGUGGACUGGGUACACUGGUGGGAGCAGACCAAGGAUGAACCAGUUCCCCCGGGCAACUCUUCUUAUCCGAUCCCGUUGGAGCAGAUCAAGCAGGUCCUCGCGUGGCAAAAGACGGAACUGCGGACGGGGGAUAUUUUGUUGUUGCGAACGGGCGUUGUGCGGUGGUUCGAAGGCGCGAGUGAGGAGGAAAAGGUCAAGGGGAUGAUCGAGAACGACAACUUCCCCGGGCUCGAGGCGACCGAGGAGACCAAGAGGUGGUUGUGGAACUCCCACUUUGCCGCCGUCGCGAGCGACAAUAUGAGCUUCGAGUUUGGUCCACAUGGCGAUCUCUGGCUGCACGAGUGGAUCUUGCCCAUGUUCGGCUGUCCCAUCGGCGAGCUUUUCGAUCUGGAACGGCUGUCAGGCGCCUGCCAGAAGCAUCAAAGGUGGUCAUUCUUCCUCACGUCGGCGCCGAUUCGAGUCAAGGGCGGCAUCGCCUCCUCCCCGAACGCCAUCUGCAUCUUUUAA